AUGGAAUUAGCGGUUUUUACGUUUAAUUUUCCUUUAUUCUUUCUUUCUUUCGUUUUUCUUUCGUUCUUUUAUUGUUGUCUUUCUUUUUACUUUCUUUUUUCUUUCUUCCUCUCUGUCUUUCUUUUUCUUUCUUUCUUUUCCUUUCUUUUUCUUUCUUUCUUUUCCUUUCUUUUUCUUUCUUUUCUUCUUCCUUUCUUUCUUCCUCUUUUCUUUCUUUGCUCUUCUUAUCUACUUUCCAUCCCACCUUCCCUUUCUUUCUUCCUACCAUCUUUCUAUCUGACCUUCCUUUGCUUUCUUCUUUUUCUCCUUCUUUUCUUUCUUGAUUUCCUCCUUGCUUCUUUCCUUCCCCCUUCUUUUUUCUUUUUUUCUAUCUUCUUCCCUUGCUCCUUCCUUCCUCCUUUACUUUCUUCCUCCCUGCAUUUCUCCUUUCUUUCUUUCUUUCUUUCUUUCUUUCUUUCUUUCUUUCUUUCUUUCUUGUUUUCUUUCUUUCUUCCGUCCUUCCCUCUUUCUUCUUUCUUUCUUUCUUUCUUUCUUUCUUUCUUUCUUUUCCUUUCCUCUUUCCUUCCUCCCUUUCUUCAUACCGACCUUGCUUCCCCUCUUUUUCUUUCUUUUCUUCCUUGCUUCUUUCCCACCUUCCUUCCUUCAUUCUUUUACUCAGAGAUUUUAUCCCUGCGCAUUUAUCUAUUCAUACCUUUUUUUAGUUUAUUUCUAUUCACAGUCGCAUUCUUUGGUCAUUGGUGCAAUUAA